UAUAGAAAUUUUUUGUUAGCGCCUUUCAAGUCACCCUAGGACACAAAACGAGGUAAUACAGAGAAAAGAGAAAAACAAGUAAUGAAAUCAAUUAUACAUAAUUCUGCAUACUACUUCAAACUUUCCAAGGAAAUUUGGAGUGUAUUGUCAGUCUGCGCUGCCAUUUUAAAAUGUUUACACUGUUUUAGUCUACAGUGUAGAUGUCAUGUCAGAGUAGAGUCUAGUAAACCUAGUUAAUAAAGUUAAUAAAAUAAUUAGAAAGUUAUGAAAUCAUGAAUAAAUUGAUUGUACCGCAUCAUCAGGUAAGACUGCAUCUGACAGAGUUAAAAUUGAUUUACAUACAGUAGAUUUACAUACAAAAUGUCUGUUAUUCAAAGCUCAAGUCAACUUUACAGCCUGUAACUUGUCAUUGGUCAGAAUUAAACCACUGGGAGUGAACUCUAUUUUAUCUCCAACUGAAGAAAAGACAAACUCCCAUAACUGAGCCUCGAACGGAUUCAGCUUUGUCAAACCUGUAAGGGAAUCUUUCCAAAACGAUUCAGUAAUGGAUUUGUGUUUGUUUGAUGUGACGUUAGUAUAGUUUUUCCUACAGGCUUUAAGCCUGGAAUCCCCGGCUACUGUGAGAGAUGCAUCACAUCAUUAGUUGUGAAACACGAUUAAUAGGAAACGCUUGCAGUGACUCUAAUUGAACAGUGCUGAAAUGUCAGGGGGCUCUGCUCUCCACCAAUCAAAUCAUUCACGUCCCCCUUGAUACUGGACACAUUGAACGGUGCCAUCCCUCUCAUCCUCAUCUCACAUCCACCUGGAGACACAUUCAACUGGCUUUCUGAAGCAGACAUCUUGUUUUAUCAGUGCUUAAACUCACAUUCAGCGGCUGGAUCUCCUGGAGAUGGCAGACCUGCCUCACAGAUGCCAUGGCAACUUUCCCCAGAGGCGGGCCACCCAGUUGCCACGGGUAGCCAAGUGUAGAGUAGGCCUACAGCUGCGCCUUAAGGGCAUGUCAUCUGAGACUGGUUCAAAUUCGGCAACAGCAGCAGAGGAGCCAAGCCUCCCAGCAGAACACCCCUGCAGUGGAUUCUGUGAGAUGGAAAAGGAGUCAAACAGGUCUUGCAAUGGAAAGACCAGAGCGAUCGCUCCUUCAUCUGAAAAACGACAUGGACGACCUGGAAAAGAUGUAGCAGCUUUAUUGAAGAGAAUAAGGAUUCACCCAGAGGCCCAAAGGAUUCUGGGUAAUUCCUGCAUAGCUGUAGUGAGCUUGGAGCGUCUGAACUUCCAGUCUGUGUCCUUAUCAUUUCUGCAGCCUGUGGUUUCUCUGGUACGACUGCCAUGCCAAAUACAAGCCAAGCUCCACAGUGAUGUCUCCUGCUUGGACCGUCCUCAACAGAAUGGAGUCACUCAAAAUGAGGCAAACAUUUUGGAGAUGAGAGAAGUGUCACCUCAGUCUAAACCAGCAGAUUCGUCUGAUUUCAGCCAACCAGAAACCCCAACCUCCUGGACUGAACCGUACUGUCCUGAUAGCUCCCCCUCUGAAGAACCAGAGCAGGACUCAGGCUUUGACUGUGAAUCUAAUCCAGAUCAGCCGUAUAUCUUGUUUGAUUCUGGAUGUGAUGAAUGGGACCCGGAUGCCAAAACUGAUUCAGAGACAUUUUAUCUGGAUCCAGAUGUAGAGAUGGUUAUCCAACUGGAUCCAGAACCAGAAGCAGAACAGUAUCGAACCCUGGAGCUAGAGGAUGAAUCUGAAGCUAAAUGUGAAGUGGAUAUAGUUGAAUUGGACGACGAUGAGGAUCAAAGACCCGAUCUUUGCUGCUCACAGGAUGAGGUGGACUCUAUCCAGCAGCCUGAACCUUCAGCAGGGACUGAGGAGGUGGAGAGUGAAGAUUUCUGUGCUGUGUGUCUUAAUGGAGGAGAUCUGCUCUGCUGUGACUGCUGCCCUAAAGUUUACCACUUGGCCUGUCAUAUACCUGCUCUCAUCAGCUUCCCAAUGACCUGUGGAGAGGAGGAGAAGGAAGGCAAUUGAACCACAGACCUGAUAUUGUAAGCCUUAUACUCAUUACUGGCCGACCCACCUGAGCUACAGUCACAGAAGAUAUGUGUUAAGUUGAUAUUUGUUUGUUUAUUGAGCCUACUACACACCAGAGUCUCCUUUAGGCAUUUGCAACAAAUCUAUGGACGUUUAUGUUGGAGAUGUUCUUCUGUCUUGCACCUAUAAAGAUACAGGUGGUGUUAUAUUUAUAAACUUAAACUUUCAACACUUAUUUUUGGCCAGACAAUACUGAGCAUGCUCGGGGAUGUGGUUUCUAAUUCACACUGCUUUAUAAGUUUGAUGAGCUGAGAGGA